AUGGACAAGUGCGCGUCUCCUUUGGUCUUCAUGCUCUGUUGCUGGAUACAGAUGAUAGGAGCAACUGUGCCGCCUCCAACCAACGUGACGCUGCUUUGCCAUAACAUGCAGAACACUCUUCUGUGGAGCUAUGAGCAGCUGGUUCCUGGACUCCGCUUUAACGUGAAGGUUUCAUCUACAAUAAAGCCUCCUGUCUCUCUUUGGGUGAACUCGCCAGCGACGUCCAUUGACCUCUCUGAGUUUUCAGACCCGGAAAAUGAAUACAUGGUGCAGAUUUCUGCUGUGAUGGACAGUGAGAAGUCUGAGCCAGUGCCAAAGGAAGCGAUCGAGUACAGCUAUUUCAAAGACUCCAUUGUACCAGUUACAUGUUCUGUGGAUCUCCCUUUAGUCAACUUAACCUCCGAGGACAAGCUUCUCCUCUUCAGCUUCACACACCCUGGACUUCUGUACCGCACCAGUCACAACAACAGCAAGAAGAGAAGCCUGGAGUCCAGUGCUGCUCUGCCGGAGUUUGUCUACCACAUCGACAUCGUAAACCAGCCGGAGACACACAAAUACCACUGCACGGAAAGCGUGUGUCAGGGCAAGCUUCCAGUCCAUGACAGUGAGAAAAACUAUUGUUUAAACAUCUCUGGAGAGAUGAAGAAAAUGUCAGUGCAAGCCACACAGCAGUACUGUUUGAAGCCCCUGACAACAGCCGGAAUCAAUGUCCUGGCUUUCAUUUUACCUGUCGUGUUGGUGUUGGUGGUUGUGGUUAUCGUUGGAUCCAUGGUCAAACUAGACGCCUUCAUUUAUGACGCUGCUGUCCUGAACUACAUGGCUGGAAGGGACGAGGGCUGCAAACUGGUGACCAUCGGCAGUGGUUACAUUUUUGCCACUACUGGAUAUGGCAUUGCUAUACAGAAGGAGUCGCUCUGGAAAAGAGCCAUAGACUUGGCCAUUUUGGGGCUUUUUGGAGAUGGUGAGAUGGAGGAGCUGGAAUCCUUGUGGCUGACUGGAAUCUGCCACCACGAGAAGAAUGAGGUUAUGUCAAGCCAGCUGGACAUAGACAACAUGGCCGGAGUCUUCUACAUGUUGGGCGCUGCUAUGGCCCUGUCUCUGAUCACAUUCAUCUGCGAGCACUGGUUCUACUGGCAGCUACGUUUCUGCUUCAUGGGCGAGGGCGGAGGUGGUGGGGGAGGGGGGGAGUGGGGAGACAGUGGGGAGGGGGGGGGGGGGGGGGGGUGGGGGGGGGGGGGGGGGGGGGGGGUGGGGGGGGGGGGGGGGUGGGGAGAGGGGGGGGGGGGUGGGGGAGAGAAGCGAGAAAGGGGGGGAGUGGGGGACAGAAUUGGGGAUCAGGGGGGUGGGGCGUUGGUCAUGAGGAGUUUAGGAAAGGAAGGGUUAUGGUUUGUGUUUGAGGGUGGGAUGGGUGUUUUGGGGGGGGGGGGUGGUGUUGUGGGUGGGGAGGGGGGUGGGGGGGGGGGGGUGGGGGUGGGGGGUGGGGGGGGGGACGUGGGGGUAGGGGGUGUGGGUGGCUACAUACACGUGCGACUCAUAACUCUCCGAGGGAGGGCGCAGGGUGAGGCGUAUAUGGGGGGGGGAUGGGGGGUGGGGUUUGGGGGGGGUGGGUGGGGGGGGGGGGGUGGGGGGUGGAGGGGGGGGGGGGUGGGGGGGAACACAUACAGGGGGGGGGAGGAGGGUGGGGGGGGGAGGGGGGAAAAAUAA